AUGGCCGAUGAGCACGAGCUCAGUUUCUUGAUCGACUGGGAGCCGGCGACGAUCUUCGGGCAGUCGCGUCAUGACGGGAGUUGUCACAUUGGGACCAUGCCCUUCAUGGCUUUGGCUCUGCUCAACGAGGAGUACUGGGAGGGCAAGAUGAAGCGUCAAUAUCACCACGACCUCGAAGGUUUCCUGUGGAUUUUGCCUUUCGACAGCCCGGCAUCUAAAAUGAGCACACCGGAUUCGUGGGUGGCUAGCAUUGGCAGUGGCAGUGAGAGAGCACAAGUGCAGGCAAGGUGGGCAGCAGCAGCAAGAGAACACGAGCCCGCACUCGUCUUGUGCAAGCAUGGGUGGCUAGGAUUGGCAGCGGCAGCGAGAGGGUACGAGCGCAAGCGAGGUGGGCAGCGGCAGCAAGAGGAUAUGAGCGCAGCGAGAGAGCACGAGCACAGGCAAGGUGGGCGGCGGCAGCAAGAGGAUACAGGCCCACACUUGCGGGCGCAGGUGGGAUCAGCGUCAGCAGCGAGAGGGUACGAGUGCGGACAGGGUGGGCGGCAGCAGCGAGAGGAUACGAGCGCAGGCAAGGUGGGCAGCGGCAUUGAAAGAGGCCACAUCUGCACUCGUCUUGGCGAGCGCAGGUGGAGAUCAGCAACGGCAGCAAGAGGAUACGAGUGUGGGAAGGGGUGGGUGGCGGCAGCGAGAGGAUACAAGCUCACACUUGUCUUGUAUGAGCGUGGGUGCAGGGCAUCGAGAGCUCUCAUCUUGUGCGAGCGCGAGCAGGGGAUUGGCAGCGGUAGCGAGAGGGUAUGGGCGCGGUCGCAGACAAGCGCGGCCUCGCCUCGUUUGGUCUCGCCGCCGCCGCCCACCACCACCACCUCUGCCCACGCUCGUCUUGUUAGACGAGCGCAUGCCUCCUCUUAUACGAUGAGCGCAUGCCUCCUUUUGUACGACGAGUGCAUGCCUCCUCUUGUCUCGCCACCGCUGCCGCCUACCAUCUCUGCCCGCGUUCUACUUUACAAGUAUGCUACUGCCAGUUCUCAAUUCCUGUUUAUCAUUCUGGAUAGUUCUGAAAUGAAGGCGACACCUUCACACGAGAUGGGAUGGAUCCUGUUUUGUGGUAUCUUGCCCUCGAUUCAUGAGUCUUGGUCCCCACAGUCCGGAUCGACUGGGGUGGAAGUCUCGGAGGAUGCUUAUGCGAAGGUGUCGAGUAAGGAGACUUACUUGGACUUUUGGAAGCGCAUGAAGACGCUCGCAAACUUACCACGAACGAAGGAACUCAUACCUAAUUUAUGGAGAUUUGUGCCAGCCACUUUGUUGGGAGCUUGGCAGCUACUAUGA